GUAAAACGCGUAUAGCUACGUCACUUUGACGUACGCCAUAUUACAUCACUUUGUUUCCUGGCAGGCAGACAGUCACGCGUACAGCUCUCAACCGGGAACCGGCAGAAAGGACAGCUACACAACAGCUUCAAACAGUCAAGAUGACUGUCAUGGAAUAUGAAGACAAUGAUUCCAAGUUCAUCAGAAAAGCCAAAGAGAAUCCAUUUGUCCCUGCAGGGUUGGCUGGGUUCUUUGGCAUCGUGGCGUACAGACUGUACAAACUGAAGACCAGAGGAGACACGAAGAUGUCCGUGCACCUGAUUCACAUGCGUGUGGCUGCGCAGGGCUUCGUGGUGGGAGCCAUGACUUUAGGAGUGAUCUACUCUAUGUACAAAGAGUACGUUCUCAAACCUCACGAUGCACAGAAAGCGUUAGAGCAGAAGGCAGUGGAAAAAAAGUGAUUCUUGCGAUAUCCUAAAAAUACCAGCUGUUGAGGGGUCCCUUUGUAUUUAUUGCUAACAUAUAAUUUAGGACUGUUUUUGUUUUUUUAAGAAAA